AUGGCCACAAAGCGUGAACCCGCUCGCGAUGAGCUCAACGCGUCAGCUAAAGACACGGAUCAAACCAAUGACUUCACUCGAUCUCGAGGUGAGCAGCCGGCCAACGCCAGCCAUCCCUUCUCGCCUUGUGUCCUCGCGGACGGCGAAGAUAUCAACUUGAUGACCGGGUAUCCAAGCUCGGGCGGGCCUCUCACUCCUCCCGAGGCGUCCCAGUCCAGCUCGACCAUGGCCCAGGCCGGCUCUUCAAAUGCCGAACCUUCUGCUGCUCCAAAUACAACUUCUGCCUCGGAAGAUGUUGACAUGAGCAAUGUUAUGCCGGCCAAGCGGGGCAAACGGAGCGUAACUACCGGCACUGUUGCGAAGCGCUGGUACCGCACCAGCAAGGGCUACACAGUCCGCAUCGAUAGUAUCAUCGGCAAGAGGCUUGCCAGACUGCCCGCAAAGCGCAACCCAGAACACCGUGACCGGUCUCACAAGCCCAACCUCAAGAGGCGAGGCAACGUCGAGGCCAUGCUUGUUCAGGUCGCCGGCGACGAAGCAGAGCAGGCCUGCAAGAACUGCAGAAAGGGCCACGGCCCAUGGACAAGGUGUGUCGUCCUAGAGGGUAGCCUCUGCGGAAGCUGUGCCAACUGCUGGUACAACGCGUGCGGCUCACGCUGCACAUUCCAUGGUAAGUCAACCCCAUCAUCGCUCCACGAGGCUGCUCCAGCCCUGGGAGCAAGAUGCUUCCGCGGCCGAGCCCAUACUAAUAAAGCCAUCUACCAUCCAGAGAGCAAAGCUCCCCCGAACCCGGCAACAUCGCCGAACAUCGCACCUCUGGGUCCUUACCCAGUCUCCCCUGCACGAUCACCUCCUACCCCCCCUUCACAGGCCCUGUACUACCCUCCUCCGCUGCACUACGUCCCUCCUCAAGGGCCGUACUACCCUCCUCCAGCCCAUUACACCCCUCAAGCCCAUUACCCCCCUCAAGCCCAUUACCCCCCUCAAGUCCAAUACCCCCAAGCCCCUGCUCCCACACAAAGCGCAUCAUUCUACCCUCCUGGCCCUGCUGGGCCUCCUCCCAUCGAUGCCACACAAGCUGGAGAACUAAGCGUUCUCGGGCCUCAUAUCCUGGCCCACUUCUACCAGGCUGGCGCCUCCUUCAUGGCCGCUAAAGAGGUAGCACGGGCAUACCACCUGAGCCCAUUCGGGCGCAGCUUGGCCAGAAUAUUGCGCACCUCUGAGGAGCUCGGGAUGCUCAUCGCAGAGCACGAAGAGCAGUACCAGAACCAGCGCUGGCACCCGGUCUAUGACGCUCCUCCUCCACCCCCCGCCGCGCCCCCCGCCGCGCCCGUGGCUCCUCCCUUGGCUCCGGAUUAG